AUGGAAAGUCAGAGUUGCUAUGGUGGCAUUGGAGAAACACUUGAUGAUGCUCCUAUCAGCGACGAUCGAUCAAACAGGGACGCAUGCGAUGUGUUGCAGGAUGGAGAAGGGAUACACGGUGAUAGACAAGAUGAAGAGGAGGAUGACGGGGAUGAUGAUGAUGACGACGUGGAGGACUGGGAGCUCGAAGACGACGAGGAUGAUUACGAUGAUGAUGAUCCUGGAUAUGACAGCGACCUUAUCGGAACCAACAAAGAGCCCAACUCAGAACCGCUUAUCAGAGUGGAGGGCAAGUCUGCCAAGCCAGCAUUCGACGAGUUCCAUGAGCUUCUAUUCCAACUAUGUCUCACGCUAUGCACCGAGACAUUCAUCGAUGGACAACCGGGCUCUACGUUGUUGGUAUACUUCAGUGGGGUUCUUGGAUUCUCUGGAGACUCUCGCAAGUUCCUACUCGCCCGGCAGUACUGCCCCCAACUGUCAGCAAUCAUCCAUAUCCAGCGCAUAUUGCUUCUGGAGCGUGCGUUACCGCUACGUCCAUAUCCCAUUGUCGGCAUUCCGCAGCGGCCACGGACGGAGCAGCUCGAGACCUUGAAUAAAAUUCGAGAAAAGUACAUGGUUUUAGGCUCGCAAUCCCCAGUCGCAGAGCUGGUGAGCCUUCGGGACUUUGGCCGCAAUGCUGCCCGCACCGAGCCACCAUUGACCCUCUUCCACUGGAGCAGUGACGGCGAAACAGUCUCUGACGGAACUCUCAAGCUGACAAUGAGGGAAUUUCGUAAACUCUCAGAAUACUUCAUCUCACGGGCGGAAGCACUAUGUGAUAGUCUUAUGUUCGGUAUGAAACCCGAUGUCGACCUAGUAACUAGCGUUACAGAUCUGUUGCAGGAUCAGCAGGUCUAG